AUGCGUAGCAGCAGUUCCGUAGAUUUGAGAAUUGACUUUGACUGCUUUGACUGCUUUGACUGCUUUGACUGCUUUCACUUCUUUGACUUGAAUUCGUUUCUUCCUGGCAUUGAUGUCUCAAGAUGCAGGCUCGAGGAGAACGAGCUAGAGAUUGGGCAGCUGCGAGUGGAGAUGGAGAAGGCGAAGGUAGAACUCGCACAGCAUCACCAGAGCCAGCCAAUUCUACUUCAAGAGAAAGCUGCGCUCGAACGACAGCUGCAAGAGGUCACACAAUCUGAAGUUCAAAAGCACGCCCAGCUCGAAGAGGCACAAGCUCUUGCACAGCAGACAGCUGCUGAGAACGAACUGAAACUCGAGGAGGCAAAGACUCGAGCACAGCAGCUUGAAGAAGCAAGGCUGCUGGCUGAAGAGAAGCACAAGGAACUGCAGGCGCAUCUCCAGCAAAGUCAGCCAAUCAUUCUCCAAGAGAAAGAAAUGCUCCAGAAGCAAGUUCAAGAGGCACAAGAGCUUGUGCAGCAGACAACUGCUGAGAAUGCUGGGAAGCAAGUUGAAUUGGAGGAGGCAAAGACUCGAGCACAGCAGCUUGAAGAAGCAAGGCUGCUGGCUGAAGAGAAGUACAAGGAACUGCAGGCGGAUCUCCAGCAAAGUCAGCCAAUCCUUCUCCAAGAGAAAGAAAUGCUCCAGCAGCAAGUUCGAGAGGCACAAGAGCUUGUGCAGCAGACAACUGCUGAGAAUGCUGGGAAGCAAGUUGAAUUGGAGGAGGCAAAGACUCAAGCACAGCAGCUUGAAGAAGCAAGGCUGCUGGCUGAAGAGAAGUACAAGGAACUGCAGGCAAAGGCUCGAGCACACCAGCUUGAAGAAGAAAAGCUCCUGACUGAAGAGAAGUACAAGGAACUGCAGGCGGAUCUCCAGCAAAGUCAGCCAAUCCUUCUCCAAGAGAAAGAAAUGCUCCAGCAGCAAGUUCGAGAGGUACAAAAGCUUCAACAGCAGACAGCGGCUGAAAAUGCUGAGAAGCAAGUUGAACUGGAGGAGGCAAAGGCUCGAGCGCAGCAGCUUGAAGAAGCAAGGCUGCUGGCUGAAGAGAAGUACAAGGAACUGCAGGCGCAUCUCCAGCAAAGUCAGCCAAUCCUUCUCCAAGAGAAAGACAUGCUCCAGCAGCAAGUUCAAGAGGCACAAGAGCUUGUGCAGCAGACAACUGCUGAGAAUGCUGAGAAGCAAGUUGAACUGGAGGAGGCAAAGGCUCGAGCACACCAGCUUGAAGAAGAAAAGCUCCUGACUGAAGAGAAGAACAAGGAACUGCAGGCGGAUCUCCAGCAAAGUCAGCCAAUCCUUCUCCAAGAGAAAGAAAUGCUCCAGCAGCAAGUUCGGGAGGCCGAAAAAGAGAAACAGCAGAUGUUGGAAGACCUGAAGCAGCAAAUGCAACUGGAGGCACAGCAGUACACGACGUCUUUGCAAGAAUUGGCUCGGGCGGAAAUUGCCCGCAGAGAUGAACAGGUCUCGCACGACUCUCCAACAGGGCCGGCAUCAUUUGACAUCUCCACUCCUCGAAGCCACAAGUCCCCGUGGGCAGACAGUCCGGAGGAGAGACGUCCUGACGAUGCUAUCGUUGCUGAAAACAAGCAGCUUCAUCAACGCAUUGCAGUAGUUGAAGAGGAGAAGGCCAUCAUGAUGCAAAACUUGCGGGAUCAUGUCAUGCAAUUGGCCCGAGAAAACUGGGAUUUGAAGAACAGAGGAGGAUUCGUUGAGGACUCUUCAAGACGAUCACAGAGCAUCAAGGAGGCACCUCCGCAAGAGUCAAUGGCGAAUGGAGGUGCUGAUGAGGGUGGCAGCGGCGGUUGGUUGCUAUCGACUAUACUCUCACCCUUCCUAACAGACGGGGACAAGCGUGAAAUCCAUGCAGAGAGUUACGUUGAAGAACAUUUGGACAUUCAACCUGCUGCGUGA